CCAAGGCGGCCGUGCGCAGGCGCAGUUUGACCGUAAACAAAUCCCGCACGAGAGUGAAGCUCGGGCGGUGCUUUUUUGAUCGUUAAUUUAUUGAUCACCACGUCAUGUUGAUCAACAAAUACACCUGUAUGGUAGUGAAUCCCCAGUGGUGCUUAUUGAUCACCACCUCAUGUAUUGAUCAGUAAACAAACGAGAUGGACGCUGUUGAAGAACGACUGGCGGACUUCUCACUGGAGGCUCAUGAUUUGUACCUGAGCCAAUCGGUACCUCACGUGGACGGCCCACCUGACCCACUGACCUUCUACCGCGACUGGAUUGGUACAAACAAACCCUGCAUCAUCCGAAACGCUCUCAACCAUUGGCCGGCCUUGUCCAGGUGGACGCCGACGUACCUGAGGGAAAAGGUGGGGUCAAAGGUCAUCAGUGUGGCGGUGACUCCCGACGGUUACGCCGACGCCGUGAGAGGCGAUCGCUUCGUGAUGCCGGAAGAACGUCACAUGACCGUUUCCUCCGUGCUGGAUGUCCUGGAAGGCAAGGUGAAGCGGCGUGGAGUCUUUUACGUCCAAAAGCAGUGUUCCAACCUGCUGGACGAACUUCCUGAGCUGACAGGCGACGUGGAAGCGCACGUGCCGUGGAUGAGUACGGCGCUGGGAAAGUUACCAGACGCCGUCAAUUUCUGGCUGGGCGAAGCAGAUGCCGUCACGUCACUGCACAAAGAUCCUUAUGAGAACGUCUACUGUGUCGUUUCUGGACAGAAGAACUUCAUCCUGCUGCCGCCUACAGAGCGACCCUUCCUCCCUUACGGCCUCUACCAGCCCGCGGUUUACUGCCAGCAAGACGACGGCGACUUUGCGGCGGUGGACCAGACUGACUGUGAGAAGGUGCCCUGGAUCCCCCUGGACCCGCUGGACCCCGACCUGGAGCGCUACCCCAUGUACCGAAGAGCGCGGCCGCUGCACUGUAGUGUGAAGGCCGGGGAGAUCCUAUACCUGCCCUCGCUGUGGUUCCACCACGUGCGGCAGACGCACGGCUGCAUGGCAGUCAACUUCUGGUACGACAUGGACUUUGACGUCAAGUACAACUACUUCCAGCUGGUGGACGCGCUGUCGCAGCUCAUAUCACCACCUGCAUGUGAGGCAAACAGGAAGUGAGCAAGAGGCAAACAGGAAGUGAUAAAAAAGCUCUUUAUUAAAGCAAACUUUUGGUUUUUCAA